CUGCAUCUGCGCUUUCUGCCUGCUGGCGACACUGUAUAUCGACCUGCACCGCUCGUUACGACUGAGACUCGUUCGCGAGAGACUAAUCUCUGAUGAGGGAGUCCAACUUUGCGUUUCCCGCCCAGAACAGGGCCUGCGUAUGCAUUUCAUCGCAAUUAUAUGACAGAAGAGCGCUCGACACCGAGUCGCCGCUGCCACUCUUCAACUCGCUCACGCACCUCGUCUACCUCACCUCGACCUCGCCGCGCAUCCGCGAGAUCAUGACCAUGGACGGCGGGCUCGAGCGCCUCGUCCGCAUCCUCCACGACUUCUGCAUCUGCCCGCCGCCGCCCGAGAACCCGCAGCUGAUCUACGGGCUCGCGCCGCCCGCCGCGCACCCGCCGAAGCUCCCGCCCACGCUCAACCCCGCGCAGUGGGACAAGCACGCCGCGUACCGCUUCUCGCUCGCCUUCCAGUGCCUCGUCAAUAUCGGCGUGCGUGGGAGCGAGCAUAUCCGCUCGCGUGUAGUGCAAGCCGGCACGCUGGAUGUGGUGGGGAUGAUCCUGGAGGCGUGGCUUGUGAGUAAGGGAUUUGCGGUUGGGCCGAGCAGUAGCGCCACGGGGUUGCCGAGGGAGAGCAGGGAGCAGCGCGCGGCGAGGCGCGCGGCGGCGCUGGAGAGCAGGCAGCGGGACCAGGCGCAGGAGCUCACGCGCGCGCUGCAGCGGCAGGCGCAGCUCGAGCACGUUAUUCGCGCGGAGAGGGCGGCUACGGGCGAGGUCUUUGGUUCGGAGCAGGACGUCCAUAUGGCGGACACGGGCGCGCCGGAACGCAGGGAUAGCGCUGCGAUUGUUAUACCCUCAGACUCGACGUUCACUCGCACGCAACGGUCCGAGCCUUCGUCUGCUACGUCGGACGCGGAGACAUCCACCGACAACUCGACCGCAACAACCCCCGUCGGAUCGGGCACGCCCACCGGCGCCGUCGUCAUCCCCGUCCGCGAGCGCAGCGGCACCAUCAUCGCCCGGCCAGCAUGGGACCCCGCAGGCGAAGUCCUCCGCGGACGCAACCGCCGGCAGGGCGGCGACGCGUCCGCGUCGAACUCGACGGACAACUCGCGCCCGGAGACGGAGACGGAGGACGACGGCGACGUCGACAUGGACACGAGCGUCGCGCAGGACAGCGAGACGAGCCCGUCGCCGCGGCCGCGCGCGCCGCAGAUGCGCAACUUUACGACGCCACGACGGGCGGUGGGAAUCGUUUCGGAUGCGCCGCCUACGAAUCCUGCUGGGCCUUCGAUGGAGAUGAAUACGGAGCCGCAUAUUGUGAUCAAUGAUGUGCCGGGCCCGAUGGACGCGGGCGUCGAGGACGGGAUUGUCUCGCUCGAGCCGAACGACGACUUUGCGAUGGGCGCGCCGCCGGGGGCGCCGGGUGCCAUUGAGGACGCGCCGACUGUGCGCCCAGCGGACUUGGGUGGGGAUAGGACGCUGCCUGCGCCGGAUGUGACGCCACGCGCAGGGACGACGACGCUACCGGGUGCGAUGCCACCGUUCAACACGCCAACGCCUGCUGGGGGCAGGACACCCGGGGCCGAAGGGAGGACAAGAAAUGUUGGGCCGUCUCGGACCCCGGGGCUGAGGAUAGCGGCGCAAAAUGAGGGGGCUGCUGCUGCCCCCGCUGCUGCCACUGCCAAUGCUACGACUGCGAAUAACCACCACCACCAUCAUCACCAUCACCACCACCAUGCACGGGAAAAUGUAGAGACGGGGCCGUACAGGGACGAAGAUGUCUUGCUGAGUCUGCAGCUGCUUGCGUACCUCAGCAAAUACCCGCAUGUUCGUCAAGCGUUUUACAAACCCCGCACAUCCUUCCAUCCCGCGACUGCUGCUCUGCGCUCGCAAUCUCAGGCUACCACAUCCGCUGCUGCGACCCCAUCAUCAUCAUCAACAUCCACCAACGGCGCGGGUCCGUCGACGCUCGGCUCACGCGCCCUCAACACCAACAACACGCCCUCAUCCAAAGAGUCGUACGGGUUCUUCAAGUCUCUCGGGCGGGGAAAGGAGAAAGAGAAGGAGAAAGCGGUGGACGCGACGCCGGCGCCGGCUCCUGUACGCCAUACCAAUGUGUUCUCGCUCGUGGAGCGCUUCACAUUCCGCCCGAGCUCGAGCGAGGCAGAUAUGCCGAACGCGCCGCCGCCGCUGCCGCAUGAGAUACAGUACUGGGCGGGCGCGAUUAUGCGCAAUGCGUGUCGGAAGGACGAUAGUCGGGGUGGGAUCCGGCAGUGUGCGAAUAUGCUGUGUGGCAAGUGGGAGUCGUAUCCGCGCGAGUUUGCGAAAUGCAGGCGAUGUAGGAAGGCCAAGUACUGCGGGAAGGAGUGCCAGAGCACGGCGUGGAGCGAGGGCCACCGGUUCUGGUGCAGCGCGAAGGACGGGGACGAGGAUGCAGAGAACCCGGAGCAUUCGCGCGGGAGCUCGACCCUUGCAGGGGACGUAACGACUAGUGGCGGGACGGUGACGGGCAGGGCUGAGCGCAGGGCUGAACGCGAGCGCGAGAGGCAGGCGCGGUUGGGGAUUGACACAACGCAGGUGACCAGGGCGGUGCACAAUGCGUUCCGCUCGACGGCGACGACGCACACCGCGCCAAACCCGAACGCUGCGGACGAUCCAGCAGCGCCGAACGCGCAGGAUCCGGUGCAUGUGCCGACGCCGGAGCACACGCCGCAUGUGAGGCCGCCGUGGAAUGUGAACUAUGACUUGACAAGGAGGCUGAGGCCGCGGGCACCCAAUCCCCCGCCUCCUGACCAGAUCGUGGACUCGCCUGUGUUCAUGCGAAGACGGGCGGAGACGGUGGGGACGAUUGGGGACGGUGUGCGUCUGCAGCCGCCGCCGCUGCCACCGCGACAUCUGGCUGUUGGGUCGCCGUCACCGGUGCGCGAUGAGGAGGUGGAGGACGCGGCGAUGAUGGAGGACACGACGGCGAUCGUGUCGGUGGACGAUGAUAUGGUUCUCGGCUGAGGUGCUUGCAUUCCUGGACGCUGCGUUUCCCGCUGUCCCUCUCCUCUCCUCGUAUUCCCCCGCUUCUACUGUACACAUCUCUGACUGUAUUACCCCAUUACCUGAGUAUUACUAUUAGUCCUCGCUGCAAGCACUCCGAUAUCCCUAGCUAGUCCUCGUCGUUAGCCACAUCGUCCAAGCAGAGUACGCG